AUGGGUCGGUGGCUUGCGUGGGGUGCCGCUAUUUUGUCCCAGCUUAGCGAGGCUCACCAAGCUAUGUUCCCUGCCAUCCUCACCAGCAAGCGUGGCGUGGAUAGGACUGUUGUGCGCCUUCUGAGGGACCGGACGGAAGGGAACACCAUGGUCAAGGUGUGGCGGCAGAUACAGGAGAACCACGUUGAAGAGUACCUUCAGCGUAAGGACCUGUACACCACACUCCUCAUGACUGUCGUGAAACCUGGAGGGAUCGUUUCUGCACUAAGGCACACUUUCCAGGCUCCACCUCCUCCAAGAGAGCUCCCCUCCGCGCGGCUCCUGCGCCACGCCUUCCUGCUGGCGGAGGCCAACAACGUGCAGGAUUACCGGAGCCAGAUCCUCUCCACUUUUGGCACUGUGCUGAAAAUGGAUUCCACCAAGAAAGUGGUGAAGAAGCUGUCUGGGGAGGGUGGAGGCUCAGCUGAGUGGUUCACCAGCAUCGGAAACGAGCACUCCCAGAUAGUUUCAUUUGUGCUGACCUGUGAGGAGUCCACAGAGAAGCUGAAACCGAUGUGCCUUGGGGUCAUGGAGAGGUUCCGGCUGGCCAAUCAACCAGUCCCAAAAAUGAUAUACGUGGACCGUGGCCAUACGCACAGAGUCCCACUCAAGUAUGCUGCAUUCAAGUCUGCGCUAGCUGGGGGAGUGCUGGCCUAUAACCGCUCAGACCUGGAGCUGCUCAUCAAGGCCAUGAGAGCCAAGGACCCGGCAACGCUGAUGACUGUGUCAGAUGAGGAUAUUGUCCGCCUCUACAUUACCAGGGAGCACCUCAAACACCACGUGCGAAGGGUCACACUGGGAGCUCAGGAAACAUUCCGGCUCAUCCAUCUGGCCAUUGAGGAGCUGAAAGGUCCCGCAGGGCUGGACGAGAGCGGAGUGAGCCUUUUCAAAACACCUGAGGCCAUUGAUGAGAUGUGGGCAGGCCAGCAGCGACACCUGGAGUGCAUCCAGGAUCCACCAGACAUGAACAUGUAUAGGGUGGCGCGUACCACAACCAUUAACAAUGUGGACCUACCCUACUACAAAUGUCUGCGUGGAAGCAACAGCCUGGAAGGAUUCCACAAAGCUCUGCCGAACAUGAUUCCAGGUCCCCACUGUGCAGCACGGCCCUAUCAGGUUUACCUGAUCAGUGGCAUUGCACGGUGGAACUCUGACAGGAGCGGGGAUGCCGUGUUUGGUGGCAAAGGACGGCACCACAGGACCUAUUCGGCGCCGCUGAUUGAUCGCCUCAACGCUCGCUGUCAGCAGCUGUUCGGAGAGACUGUGGAGGAGAAUUUCCGGGCCCCUGCUGAUGUCUCUUCCAACGAGCUGCUCGGGUUGGAGUACCUGUUCAGCCAGAGCACGGGGGAAUCUGGGCCCUUCUCUCUUCAGGACAUUGUCAACGAUGGACCUGGUCCAGAAGAGGAGGUGCUCCGACCUGGGCAGCCUGAUCCAGAUGACGCAGACGAGGCGUACCAGAGCGAUGUGGAGGCACACGACCGUGCGCUGGAUGCCGUCCUGCCCCACAUCACACUCACCAGCGACGAAACCGCCACUGUUCACCCUCCGGCCUUUGAGGAUGCCUGCAGUCCAAACCCUCUUCCUGGCUUUCCUAAGUUGGAAAUGUUCUGCUCUGUGCUGGUGGAGAUUGGCCUGGCAGAAGAAAAGCUGUCACUCACCACCGAGCAGAGAAACCAGGUCCUUAAAGCCUGGAAUGCCGUGGAGGAGCAUGACAAGCAGCCACAAAAGUUCAACCAGUUGUACAGAACACACUGGGGCAACACCCUCUACUGCCGCACAAAAAGGGACGAUCUUGUUGACGCUGCUCUGAUACAGAGGGUAAAGAUGGCCAAGCGCUACGCACCAGCGCAACAGGACAUCAGUGCUCAGCACAACAGGCUGAUGUACACGCUGGUGAAACUGUUGUGGUUGCGCUCACCUCAAGGCUCUCGCAACAGUCCUGUGAAGAGAACCCUCUUGAAGGCGUACGAGCGAGUCCAGCACCGGAUUUUAGUGGAGGAUCCAGUCCUGUGCAAAGCAGGCAUUCCUCUACCCAAGAUUAACAGCAAGACUGUGCAGGACUUUAUCCGUCGCCAAGAGAGGCUCCUCAACUUGCACGCCACAAAACAGCCCUCCACCAUCACUAAGACCACCUCCAUCUCAUCUGCAGACCUUCCACCAGCACCACAUCAGCCUGCAGUCCUCCCUCCACCAGACUACCUGAUGGAAUAUGUGCCCACACCCAGCACAGCAGGGACCAAGGUGUUAAAGGGAAGGACAGAUAUGAUGGCACCACUCUCCCGGCCUCAGCCACCGAUGCCACAUUUGCUACUGCCACCACCAGUGAGAAAACCCAACGCCCCCUCUACCAUCAACAGACCUGUGCCCUCCCUCUCUGCAUCUACAGCAACCCCAGGAAUUGCUGGCCCCUCCACAUGGCCCAUAAUGCCUGCUAGUGAGGCAAAUCCAGGGAUUGAUGGUCCACCUAAAUCAGUCCCUCCAACUCUGCCCAAAAUGCCUACUACAAUUGGCACAGCACACAGUAGUAGUACUUCAUUCUGGGCAAGAGCUACGCAAUUCAAGCGGAAGCAUAAGGAACACUCCUCAGAAGUAGGAGCCAAAGUGUCAAGGGUGCAAAAUCUCCCUGUCUGUACACUCUGUGGCCAAACAACCCAGGGACAUAAAAAUACAAAAAAAAGAGUUUCUGCCCUACAAAUAUGAUGUCCCCAUCAAAAGGUCUGGACAACAAAGUGUACAGCAGCUACGAACACUUCACCUCUGUUGUUGACAAGUUGUAGUAAUAUAAAUAUGUUGUAAUAAAUCUGUAAAUAUGGGACGGUUGCAUUGUACAUAUGGUAAAUAGGCUUUGAUUUUAUGACAUUUUAUAUUGUCUAACUUAUAUUGUCUACACUGUAGUGCUGUGUUUUUUAUAAGUGUUCCCCAAUAUACAUGCACUUUAUUCAUUAAAGUGGUCAGUGCUACAGUAACAGUUGUGGAAUAUCAAUUAAUGAAUUGAACAAUGGGGUUAUAUUUGUAUGUAUCAAAACAUAAAGACACAGAUAAAGUAA